AUGAUCCCCCACUCGUACGCCAUGCACUCCCUGGACCGCGCACAGGACCUCGCGGCGGGUAUCCUCUCGGCCUCGUCGGCUUCCCAGAUCGUCGCCGCCUGCUCCGCCGUUGAGGAGUUCCUCCGCGGGCAUCCGGGGAACCAGGCGCGCCCCUUCUUCUCCAUUGCCUUUCCUGCGCUCAUCUGCCGGCUCUUCGGCUUCGACGGCUCUUCCCCUUGCUCGUCCCGUUCGCCGUCGCCUUCGAGUGCGUGGGUCGACCAGGCCGACCCCGAUGUCGCGGCGCGGGUUUUCGGCCUGCUCUCACCUACAGGGAUCCUUUUCUCCUCGAUAUCCGCGGUCGACAGGCAGUGUCCUGUUAGGUUUGUGUUCCCCGUUGAGCGGUUGCCGGAGUGGAUGAGGUUCAUGCUCCAGAGCGAGAAGCAUUGCUCCACACUGCCGAACCUCUGCCCCUUGUUCAGGUCUAGGGUUAAGGAGGACUCUGUCCAGGGGUCAUUUCAGAUCCAGCUGAAUGUUUUUGAGUAUUUCAUGUUUUGGUUCGCUUACUAUCCUGUCUGCAGAGGUAAGUCGGAGAAUUCUGACUCGCUGGCGGUCAGAAAGUGCCGGAGGUUUAAGUUGGAGAACUGGACGGGGUCUUGGCCAUCUUUGUCUAGCAGCAGUUGCCUCUCCCGACAGAAGAAAGGAUGCGGUCUGUACAUGAAACUUCUCUACGCAUACCUACGGGUUUUUGUUCCAAAACAUGGUCUGAGUACCUGCCAGCCUUAUCGUAGUUCCCUUUUCCACUGCUCCUCAAUCUAUGAUGACUCUGUGCUUCUUCAAGCGGAGUUUGUCGUUUACACGUUGGUUCACUUCUGGAUGGUGGAUAAUGACUUUUCUCCGUUGCCUCUGAGUUUGUGCUCUUCGUUUAGUGUGUCUUUCCCUUUCCAGACAUUGUUGGCUGAGACUCCUCCAACAUCUAGCUUGGGCCAGGUACUGCAAUUACUGGUAACGUACUUGAAUAGUUCCUUGGGCGAUCCUUUGUUUGGUGGUCAUCAGGUGGAACAUGAUGUAGGCUCUGGGUUGAAUAUUUCGCAAUCAGGUGAUAUGGGGAAAACAAAGACUUUGGUGGUUUCUUCGGAUAACCUUGUUGACUCUUGGAAUUCCGUGAUUCAGAGACCGCUCUACAGAUUCAUACUCAGAUCACUUAUGUUCUGUCCUAUUGAAACCACUAUGCAGAAUGCUAGCCAGGUGUUCUCGUUGUGGACAAGCUACAUGGAACCAUGGGAGAUAACUUCAGAUGUUUUUUUGGAGUUUGAAAUGCCAGAAGGUGAAAAGAGGGAUAAGUUGGGUAAGGAUAAAGCUCAAUUUCAGGAUCACUAUGAUGUGAGCGGGAGAUUGAGAUCAGAGAAAGGGUACUCCCUUGCAUGGCAAGGUUAUGUGACGUCCAAUUAUCUGUUUUAUAACUCACUGUUCGUGCAUUUCCUGGGGUUUGCACACAAGUUUCUCCAUACCAAUGUAGAGAAAAUAGUUCUCAUGGUAUUAAAGGUACGUCCUGCUUCGUGUUUUAUUUUUUUAUUUGUUUUAAAACACUGCCUUUUAAUGUUAUAGCAUCCAUUAUUUAUUUAUUUACUUGUUUCAUUUCCUAACUAUGUCAGUAAACUAGUACAUCAACGAUUCAUCCGUUUGCCUUUUUCCUAUGGAUCAUAUUACAGAGUGGUUUUAGCAACUCGCAGCUCACCCAAUGUGCUAUGUAUAUCUGGAUUUUUUGAUAACAGACUGCCUUCCUCAGUAAUUCAGACAUUUUCUCUUCCUUUUAUCUAGAUUGUCGUAGAGAAAAAUCAUUCAAAUAGGACAUUGUUCUGUUCAUUUUCUCAAAGUAGAGCACGUAAAUAAUUUUGUUAAUAAUCAUCUGAUGAUUGAAGCAUCUUACCUUUCUACUUUUGUAGUAAUAUCCUCCAAUCUCCUUUUUUGGUUACCAUCAGUUAGAUAUUAAAUCAGUUAACUUUAUAUAUUAAGGAUCUUCAGGUUCUGCUUCAGACGUUAGAGGAUAGUUGUUCUGGAAUUGAAAUAUGAUGCUCUUUGUAUUUUUUCCAAGUUGAAACCUUCUUCUGCAUUUUAUUAGUGAUAAGAGCGUGCAUUUUGUGUUAGAUCCUAAUUUAUGUCAAAUGGUUGAGCAAUGUAGCUUUCUGGAGAAGCAUCCUCUCUUUAUAAGCUUAUUCAGUUUUUUUUUGGGAACAACCAAUUCUAAAGUCGAGCUAUUCUGUUGAAAGCUGAACCAAAUGAACUUCCUGUUGGGAGAAGUGCAUUCUACGCCUCUUGAAUGAGGAGAACGUCAAGUCUUUAGGCAAAAUGCUAUUACUUGGACACGCUUGGGGGCCUUUUCAAAGAAUGAUGGUCCAAUGUAGAAAGUUGGAAAAUAUUCAUUGCCUGGAGCGAUGAAUUGUCUCCUCUUUCACCACACGCAUGGAGGCGUGCUGCACCAGUCCUCACGCAGAAUAUAACUUAUUCUUGCUGUUUCGUGGGUCAUUUUGAGAGAAUGAAAUAGGAGGCUUGAAUAAACGUAUGCAGAUCACUGGUUGAAGUUUUGAUUAUAUUGGCAUUCUCAAUGCAAUGCAUAAAAAGGUGGGUAGAAUUCAUUACCUAAGAUGGGAUGGGCUUGGGGCCUAUUUCUUGUGCUGUCUGAUUUAGCAUAUUCCUAAAUAUUUGGACGGCAUUGUUUUGUUGGUUUUGUGUUGAGAUCGGGUGAGCUGUACUUUUUUAGUGAAAGAGGUUCAUCAGCUACUAUAAUUCGUGUGUAUUAAGUGCAGGAAAAACACCAACAACAGAAGAAAAAAUGUCUAUAUGCAACGAAUUGAAUCUGUGUGAAUUCUAGUGUUGAUUCCUAUUAACCCAAAAUCUGUGAAUUUAGCUAUCAUUAAUUUGGAAUGACAAUGAAGCAUGUCUGAGGUGGAGCUUUGGAAAACAAGAUCUUCAUUAAAACUCUGUUCACGCCCAUUGGAUCAAUCUAUAUUGGUUUCCCCAGAUGUUCAAUGAAACUUCUCUGAGAAGUUGGAAGUUGUCUGGGCCAUAGGAUUUAUUUGCAUUUAUGUGAAAAACUGAUCUUUUCACCUUUUCCUUGGUCCAAGAUAUAAUUAGUUUGUCAGUAUAUUAUUAGGUGAUGAUGGGCGUCUUUUCUUUGAAUAAUCCUAUAGACCAUGGGAAAAUCAUAUCUACAUGCAGGUUUAUCCUCUAAGGCAUCUCUACAUUUAAUAGGUUCAUUCCUUAGCUUCCUGGGUUCAACAGAAGGAAUUGUGAUUUUGUUUUGCUCCCGUUUACUAUUAUUUUUUUGGCUCCCUGUAUCAUUCCAUUUGUAUUCCAAAUAAUGGUUACCUAAGUUCAACCUCAUCCACGUAGAUGUCACAUUUUUCUAAUGUUAAAAUGAUUCAUUUUUCAUCCUUUAUGGAAAUGUGAUCCCUUUGCUUAGAUCUUUUCUCUUUUUUCGCCUAGACCUCGUCCACAGUUUUUCGACUACUCCACAAUACCUCUUUUUAACACCCUACGUUAUGGAAAUUUUUCUUACCUUCCACAGUAAUCCCUUUUGAGGUUUUCUGUCGGACGUUCGUUUAUUAAUCCGUUGAAUACUUCACAUGAGAUUUCCUGUUCCAGCUUAGUGGACAAAAUAACCCAUUUACUCGAACUAUUGAUCAACAGUGAUCGCAUCUUGUCUUUUGUUUCAGUCAUCGUUUAAAGCCUGAAAGCCAUGGGAGUAGAUCUUAGUGGAAUUGAAAGGUACUUUUUGGGUAGCUGUUGAGCACUUCUAAGGUGUAUCAUUCCAUUUGUAUUCUAAAGUUUGUCUUUAAAAAAAUGAGGGACAUCCUGAAACAUCUAGUUGAAUUAUUAGUUUGCAUUUUAAGUUUAGGUAUAUAAUAUGCCAGGUAUUUCAACAACGCUCUAAAAAUAACUCAGGCUAUGUCGUAUGGGCUCCUUAGGAUAUUAGGAUAUAAAACUGAGGAAGAUACUUUAUCCUUUGUGUAUAUUAAAUUAGCCGAACCUCUGUUCAAGGGCCAUCGGCAAUUUGAACAAGAAAAUAGUAACCUAUGUUGAUUGGUAUUUCUUAGCAGAUGGAUAUUAGGAUGGAGUGGGACUGGGAAGCCGCUGAAAAUUAAAUAAAUAUGUUCAAUACAUAGGAUUGUGGAACAGGCGUCCACAAGACACGAGGGAAUGUGAAAAAGCAAGAACAAGUACAUAUCUGUGCUGAUCGGCAACAAAAUAAAAUAAAACAGAAGUAACAUAAGGUUUGGAUCAAUUGCAAAAUAGUUUCCAAUCUGUAGAAACGCUCAUCUCAGUUCGAAAAGUAUGUUGUAUAUCCUCCCCAAGUUUUAAAUUCGGUGCUAAACUUGUCAAUGUACUUGAAGUCUAACUUUAAAGUCAUUACCUGACUUAUUCUGUACAGUGAUUCGUAGGUCCCAUCAAACAGUGGAGAUUCGUUAAUUUUGGUUGUUGUUUGUGUACUUGUAUUUAUAGGGCAAAUAGUUAUUCUGCGUCCUUUGUUAGUUCUCGUUUAUGAAAUAGUUGUGGCCGUUUGUUUGAAAUUUAUGUGAUAAGAGAAUUCAGUCAACGCUUGUUACUUUUUUGUCUGUUGUUUAUUGUCUACUUGUCAUUUUGAGGAGCUACUGCUAUGAUCCCUUUUAUGAAGGGAGAUUCAUCUAUUAUACUCUAAAUAACAUAAAAUAAAUGGUAGCUUGGGGAGCUACCGUCGGAAAUGAAUCCCCAGUUGAACACUCAGAGGUGUUUGGAACACGGGGUAGUUCUCGGCUAAAGUCCAAUACCUCUUAGGGUUUGUCAACAAUAGGGGAUUAUCCCCUUGAAACAGAGACGUGAGAUGUCAAGUUCAUGGGCAUAUGGUUAAAACUGAAGGAGCGGAUUCUCUUGCUUUUACAUGGUUGCAAAGUGCGAAUUACCGAGAAAUUUUUGGUUUUCAACAAUUUCUAUAUCAGAUCCUAAUAGCUCUCGCUCUUUUUCACAGGUUUUGAAUGUCAUGACAUCAUCCAAAGAGUUGAUGAGCCUUCUGAAAAAGGUUGAUGCUGCGUAUCAUUUUAAACCCACUGGUGCUUCUCCAGCUCUUCCUGAUAGUGGGCUGUUAAAACUCAUUCCCGCCAUCCGGCAACAGUUGCAGGUAUUUUAUUGGAUUCUCGCCUGUAAAUUGUUAUUUUACAUGGAGUGAGAGCAACUGAGCUAGUGAAUAGACGAGAAUGCGCAUGUUCCUUUGGCAGGUUAAUAGGUAUAUGAAUUUAUUUUCAGGGUUUCACUCAGUAGGACGACAUGGUGUAGGCGAUUGUUGGCUUUGCUUUGUUAGCACAUGUAGAACCAUCCAUCUCCAUGAUCUCCUAUGGACCCAGUCAAAAAAUGAAAUCCUCUGAGUCUUAUUGCUGCAAUAUAAACUGAUCAUGCGGCUUUGCACUGUUGGAUUCUGAAAGGUUGGUGUUUGGCAAGUUUGUGAUAUAUCGAAUUCUGAAUUCCAUAUUGGCCCGGCUAUUUGGCUUAACUGAUUAUAAAGAAAAUUUAUUUUUUCUUCCCGGAAGAUGAUUAGUGAUGGUAUAGAAUAUGAGCCUUAUUUUGGGAUUAGAGGUGAUGAUAAGAAAUUUUCAUAGAAAGUAUUUAUUUACCAUCCUCUAAGAGCUCAAUAGAAUCCCCUCUCUUUUGUGCAUGCAAGAUUAUUGAGCUAAUCGAUGAUUAAGAUUUAAAUUUAGGACCUGAACCUUCAGAUUUACAAGGCAAUGCCAUUCGCUUCACAUUCUUUUCCCAUCAUCUCUGUCUUCUGAUUCAUAGGCUUUUUUCUUUCAUAUCAUCAGGACUGGGAGAACGGCUUAUGCGAGAGUGAUGUGGAUGGGUCUUUUCUUCAUGAGAACUGGAACCGGGAUCUGAGACUUUUCAGUGAUGACGAAGAUGGGGCCCAUUGGUUGCUUCAGGUAAUUUUAUUUUAUUUUUAACCUGCCGCCAGUGGAGUACCCUAAAAGGAAUGAUUUUUAUUUCUAUUUCUGCUCCUCUUUUACCUCAUCAGAGUAGCCCUUCCAUGGGCUUGGCUGUAGAAACCUCCAAGCCCCGUGAGUAGCCUAGCCAGCUGCAAGCAAACCUGGUGCAACUUUCUCCCAUGAUCAGGCCCCUCUUUCAUGCCAACCACCCUCUAUCAUUUUCUCACUGUUUUCAUUUUUGCUCCCUAACAUAAAGCAUGAUGGCUGCAUUUCUACCGUGUCAAGUUCCUUGACAUCCUCGACUGAUCAUCACAGUUUACUAGAAGAGUCAACUGGGUGCUCUGCUUUUCUUUCUCGUUAUACUCGUCGCUAUGCUUGGUCUAUUGCCGAUUUAACUCCCCCACAAUCCCUUUCUUUAUGUGCAAUAAAGGCAUAAAAUUAAUGGCAUUGAGAUCACACCAUGCAGUUGUUUAUUCUGCGCGCGGAAUCUGAGAUUCAAUCGCUUCCGAGAGACAACCUGGCGCAGAGCCUUCAUAACCUGGACGCUGUACGGACCAAAAUGGGCAUUCUAUUCGAUGGUCCCAUAAGGAGGGCCCCCCAAUCGACGACGGCCAAGUUGACCUCUUCUCGAGCGAGCCAUGCUGAAGGCUUCUCUCCCAAGUAUCCUGGCAUCGGUAAAUCCAGGUGGGCCGAAGUCAAAUACAGAGGCGACUGGAUGAGGAGGCCGAUCUCAGACAGCGAAGUCGCGUGGCUGGCGGUGCUCUUAGUCAACCUCUCCGCCUGGUUGAAUUCAGCCCUCGGCCUUGACCAGGCCUCCGGCCAUGUGCCCGCCGUGCCGACCUACAUCGACGUGCCGCCUCACGAUCUCGGCGCUGCCAGCGGCCCAGUGGAAGCCAUGCGGAUGCUGCUAGCUUUCUUGGGGUCUUGGCUGGGCUCGCUGGGCUUCUCACUGGUCCAUCACCUGAGAAAGCGUGGCACGAGGGUCAACCUCCGGCCGCUCGCCUCCAAGAAGCUCGUGCUAAUGUUGCUCGUCUUCGCCCUCGCGGCGAUGCUCAGAAGGACGCUCAGCAAGCCCUGA